CUCUUUGUUGGAUGCGUGCUGUGGAUGACAACCGUCCAGCUCGUCGCAAGAACAGCAGCAGCGACGGAAGCAGCGGAGGUGUUGUUGGAGUGUCUAUCGUCGCAGCAGAGGGGAGAGAGAAGCGAGCAGGAGGAAGGAGAGGGGAAGUAUUUACGGUUACCAUCCAAGCAUGGCUCCUCAAACGACAGCAUCAUGCACUGGGUCCACUCUGUUGCAGCCUAUCAGCGACAUAAUAAACCUCCCCGUCGACCAGGUCAACUUUGUGGCGUGUCAGCUAUUCGCCCUGCUGAUGGCUGUGUGGUUUCGGAUCUAUCUCCAUCCAGAUAAAACCAGUCCCUUCAUCAGGCAUUUUGUGGCAACUCUUCUGGGCUUCUACUUGGCUCUCUUCUGCUUUGGCUGGUAUUCUCUCCAUUUCCUGGUGCAGAGCGGUCUGUCCUAUGGUGUGAUGAUAUUUGCCAGUUUGGAGCACAUGCACAAGUACUGCUUCAUCGUGACACUCGGUUACCUGAUAUGCUGUCAGAUCACAAGAGUCUAUGUUUUUGACUACGGCAUGUACUCUGCAGAUUUUACGGGACCCAUGAUGGUUAUAACACAGAAGAUCACCAGCAUGGCAUUUGAAAUUCACGACGGUAUGACCAAACGGGAAGUGCAGCUGACUUCCAGUCAAAAAUACCUUGCUAUCAGCCGUAUGCCUAGCCUGCUGGAGUAUCUGAGCUACAACUGCAACUUCAUGGGCAUCCUGGCAGGGCCGACGUGUUCCUACAAGGAAUACACGGCCUUCAUCGAAGGGACGAGCUAUCAGCAGCUGCAGCUGAAGAACGCCGACGGCAAGGAUGUGAAGCUGAUCAAGACCGAGCCUUCACCAAAGAAUGCUGUCAUCUCCAAGUUGUGCACAUGUGCCAUCUGUCUGGUCAUCUAUCUGUCACUGUACAAGCUGCUCCCCGUGGACUACUCCAUAAAUGACAGCUUUGUCAGUUCAGCGCCUUUUUAUCUCCAGGUCACCUACCUUUACCUGGCAAUGUUGGCUUUGAGGCCAAAGUACUACUUUGUGUGGACUCUUGCUGAUGCCAUCAACAAUGCUGCGGGAUUUGGUUUCAAUGGCUACAACAAAGAUGGCUCCCCACGGUGGGACCUGAUUUCUAAUCUCAGAAUUCUGGACAUAGAGUUUGCCACAAGUUUUAAGCUGUUUCUAGAUAACUGGAAUAUUCAAACAGCUCACUGGCUCAAAAGGGUUUGUUACGAGCGAUGUCCCGUCAACCCCACAGCAGCCACCUUCCUGCUGUCCGCCAUGUGGCACGGGGUGUACCCAGGCUACUAUUUAACCUUUGUUACUGGCAUCGGCAUGACCAUGGCUGCUCGUGCGGUAAGGCACAACAUCAGGCCAUACUUUCUGGCCUCCGACUUAUCCAAGUUCAUCUAUGAUGUCCUGACGUGGGUGUGCACGCAGGUUGCCAUUUGUUACACUGUAGUACCGUUUGUCUUACUCGCUGUAGGACCCUCGCUCAAAUUCUACAGCUCCUGGUAUUUUUCCCUCCACCUUUUGUGUCUGCUCAUCACACUGGUCCUGCCUGUCAAAUCAAAACGCCGGCAGACCCAGGAGCAGCAGAACGACCCUCAGAAGGACGUCACACAUGGCAACCAGAUGGAUCACAACAGCACAGACAACAACUGCAACCAGAAAGACAAGGCCACAUGAGGCCUGGGAAUGCUGAUAACUGGAGUGUGUCGGGUCUGUUUACCUGACUAAAAAAACCCAACUCUAAACAGAAAAUAAAAAUCCUGUCGAGGCUUUUCGAAGCAAGGAUGACCGCAGUCACACAUGGAUGAGAAAUGGCGAAGAAACAAUAGCCACGGUUUAAACUAACGUUACUGUAAUGAUUAAAGUAAAUAAAUACAUAAAAGGACUUCCAAGCUGCCUUAAACCUUCGAUGUACUCUGGCUGGCUGCAGGAACACUAAAAGCAGUAAUUAUCCGGUGUGGUAUUGUGAUUUUUGGACCUUCGGAAUGUGGAGGGUUUUUGUUGUCUGGAUACAAGCAUCUGUUAGGUGGGAGGAGAGAAACUGAACGGAUAAAGAAACCGAAGCUUCGUCAGCUGCCAAUUUUAAACAGGCCUUAGGAUCUUCGCUUUUUUUCUUUUUCCAAUUUCUGUCCUUUUAAACUAUUUUAAAAGAAUUUCACAUUUAAUUGGAUCAUUAUUUGAAUAUUUUAACACUAUUUGGAUGCAUUCUUGAUGCUUGGUUUAGUUUCUGACUGACAGAAUUAAGAAAUGAAAUUUAAAUAUUAUUCAUCUCCUUUGUGUGAAUCUUUUUCAUUUUUGCUGCAUUUUGAUCAUUUGUAUUAACUUCAGCUAAACAAUUGUUUCAAAGGGAGUUGAUUAACUCUUUGGGUAUUUUUUUAAAGGUUUGAAAAACGAAGCGAUAUCUUAUAUUUCUUCACAUUUGUCACAGGACGGCUUUUCUCUGUAGACAAAUGAAUUAUUUUAUGAAAUGAAGAUAAAAGAAGUUCUAAAUAAAAUAUAGAAUACCAGUGUUAUUUAAAGCCAUGUGGAAUCAUGUCAUUUUAGUCAAAAUAACACAUAUCCAGGCAACAAAUGGUUUUAAUGUGAAAUUAGCAUUUGUUUGUGGGGAAAUCUGAUGUUUGUGUUGCUGUGUGUGACAUAAUGUACAAAUUCAAAGAUCUAGACCAGCUUUAGUGGUUAAACUGACCUAAUUUUAUAUUAUGUGCUCUUAAUAUUUUAUUAGGGGACAUUUCAGGGUGCAUUUACUGUAUGUUGUGAGAGACACCGGUUCCUUCUUUUUUUUUUUUUAUGUAAGCCUUUCAGAUCAUCAAUUUUUAUUUUUACAACCUAAAGGCAUUCAAACAGGUCCUUCUGUUGGAUUUUAUUUUUUUUAUAUAAAUGUAAAACGGAAUUGGUUUGGAAAUUGUGAAGCAGAGCAGGUUUAGCUUCUUACUGUUGCUUAAAUACUAAAACGAUAUGUUUCUGUAUCUGUUAGAGCUGAUAUUUCUGGAGGUUUUUGGUUCUUAUUUCUAUAAAAAUAGUGAAUUAAUAAGAUUUUUUUAUUUUAUUGAGGAAAAAAAUCAAGUCAGCAGAAAUGAGCUCUUACAUAUGGACCUCUUGGACUUUCUAACAUUCACAUAUUCCUGCCAUCGCUUGUGUGUCUGUGUUUGUGUGUGUCUGUGCGUGCACCGUUACCUCUGAUGGUAAUUGUGAUUCGAGGAGAAUCAUAUUUGUAGCCCAGGCCGUGUGGGCCGAUUUAAGAUGAGGAUGUCUAACAAACUACAAAAAUGGCAACCAUUGCACUGCAUGGCAACCCAAACCAGCAGAUAAAUGCAAACUGCUCCAUAAUGUCCAAAGUGCCAAAUUACAAAUGGCGCAUUAUUUGUGUGCGGAAUGUGUUUGUGUGCGUGUGUAUUUUUGUGUUGGAAGGAAGAUUAUUGAAAGGAUAUUUGUAUUACAGUACAUUAAAAUGAUUUAUGUGGCAAAAUAAAGAGAACUUAUUUUUAAACACUAA